AUUUAGUGGUUCACUUUAAUAGCUAUUAAAGAUUAUGUCAAAAUCUCUCUUAAUUCUUCUCCUCCUUCCUAGCUAAUCAACCCAACCAUGCUAACCCUUCAAAGUGCUAUCAACAAUGGUGAAAACGACCAUUACAACGAUCAAAACGACGAUCAUGAUGAUGAACAUAUCAGGGACAUCCAUGCUUUGACCCCACCUCACCCUCCGGCCGUGAACCGUCGCCGUUGGGACACCGGGAGCCGCGCGUCUUCGUCGAGCGAGAUCGCAUCGAGCGAGAACUUUACCACCAUUAGUAGGGAGUUUAAUGCUCUUGUUCUUGCUGGUUCGUCCAUUGAAAACAAUGAUUCGGAUUCUAUACACACUUUGAAUAAUCAUAAUCAGUUGACGAGGAUUGGGGAGGAUCAUGAACUCCAAGAGGAAACUAAUCCUUUAGCUAUAGUGCCGGAUAAUACUUAUUCCGAUCAAAGUUCUGAUCAGCAAAGACGGGUCGGGUUAGGAGAGCCGCCGCAUCCGGCUGCGGUUCUGGCGGGGAGUAGUAGCGUCGGGGAGGUUUCGGUGCUGAGAGUGAAGAAAGAGGAGGUGGAGUCCAAAAUAUCCGCUUGGCAAAACGCUAAAGUUGCUAAGAUUUAUAAUAGGUUUAAGAGAGAAGAUGCUAUAAUUAAUGGGUGGGAAAGUGAACAAGUCCAAAAGGCUACUUCUUGGAUGAAGAAAGUUGAGAGGAAGCUUGAGGAGAAGAGAGUAAAAGCCUUAGAGAAGAUGCAAAACGACGUUGCAAAAGCACACAGAAAAGCGGAAGAGAGAAGAGCAUCAGCAGAGGCCAAGAGGGGAACAAAAGUUGCCAAGGUUCUUGAAAUUGCCAACUUAAUGAGAGCUGUUGGUCGACCACCUGCAAAACGUUCCUUCUUUUGAGACCCUUAAUUCUUCUCUCUACAUAAAUCCAAUUAUCAACCACAUACGAAUACAUACGUAUACGUAUAUGUACAUUACUUUAUUGCUUAUUUAAGUGAGUGUACCUUCACCUUUUCAAUUGUAGGGUACCUUUUAUCUUAGGGCAUAUGCAAUCAAGAGUUGCAUCAAAUCAAUCAAUAUUGUGUAUGUAUGUGUGUGGGGGUGUAUGUAUUCAUCUUUGAGUGCUCACUGCUCAAAAUGUGUUGGGAUAUUUGAGGAUUUUGUUAAAUGGUGAUGAAGGUGGAACCACUUAUUGUUGGUGUUUGUGCA